AUCUUUGGUUGUGGUUAUUUGCAAAGAUAUUGCACAUAUCUUUGGUUAUUUGUACUCAACAGAGACAGUCUAUGUACUCAAGGAGCUAUAUCUCUUUGAUUUGUACUUGUUUAUUAUAAUCAUGAUUAUAAUGAGUAAUAAAUAUGACUCAUAUGAAAUAUUUUGAUAAUCCAUGUAAUCUUUUAUGGUCGAAUUGUGCAAUACCUUAGUUACAAUCAAUUAUUUGCGCGGAAUUCGAACUGAUUUUAAAAUAAUAAUUAUCUGUAUAUUAUAUUGAAUAUAGUGCUGAAGUAUCAGACCGAGCUGAAAAUAAUGGCUUUCAAAACUCCAAUAAGUGUUUUACAAGAGUUAAUGGUAUCAAGGAGAGAAGCGUUUCCAGAAUAUACUUUUGAAAGUGUGGGAAAUCUAUUGAACCCUCAAUUCAGUUGUACUGUAACUGUAUCUUCAGUCACUGUCGUGGCAUAUGCAAGAAACAAAAAGGAUGCGAAACAGAAAGCUGCUGCUAACGCUCUUCAGCAGCUUCAGAAAUUACAGACUAAAGAAUCCACUGUGGAGGAUGAUGAAGGACCAGUGGAAAAUCCUGAGAUUUUUCCGAAGGAAUCUCCAAAAAAUUAUUGUGAUGGUAUAAAUUAUGUGGGACAGUUGAAUGAAUAUGUCACAAGAACAAAAUGUUUUUUGGGUGUUAGAUAUGAAGAUUCAAUUGAAAUUGGCAGUAACCAUUUCAAAGUGACAUGCAUUCUUGGAACAACAAAAACAUUUGGAUAUGCAAUGAAUAAGAAACAAGCUAAGCAAAGGGCAGCCUGUGAAAUGUUGAAUUAUUUGAAGUCUUCAGGAGACACUCGUCAUAUUUCGUCAGACACAUCUCAGAACAAUUCAAAGGAUGAACUGGAUAGGAUAGCAUUGGCUAAGUUUAAUGAACUAUCAAUUUCACGAAUAACUCCAGUCCGUGAAAUGAAGAAGGAUGUUGCUCCAUCAGAAAGCAUCAUGAGUAAGGAGUAUGGGCUCGAAGAGGCUAGGGAAAAAUUAAAGAGUUUGAAUUUGAGCUACACUUCGAAAAAACUCCAGGAGGUUCCAUACAUUGUAGUAGUACAGAUAGAUGACAAACCAAUUACUGCUGUGGGUGUAGGAGAUAAUGAACAUAAUGCAACUGUUUGUGCUAUGAACAAAGCUCUUCAUGCUCUAAGUGUUGGUUGUUCAUUCACAUAAUGAAGACUUUAUUGUCUGCCUACAUAUAGGGAAUCAUUUAUCAUAUAAUUUUACCCUGAGCAGAACAAUAUUAAAUACUGUUUUUCUUCCCAGAUUAUCUAUUUUCAUAUUGAUAAAGUUAUAUAUUUGAAUUUAUUCUUAAUAAUAGUGUUUACCAUGGGUUCAUGUUUGUUUUUGUACUGUUCAUUUCCAGUAGAAUAAAGUUGUUUUUGUUA